AUGGAGUUCCCUACAAUUCCUGAAGCCUCCACAUAUUUGAAUUUAUCUCUUGCUUCUCCUUCAAACCAAGAAACAACAUGUGAAAAUGUUGUGUUUCCACACUCCAAUUUUCACACCAAUUCUACCUCUAUGCAAGCUGCAAAAAUGCACAAUGAAAUCCCAACAACUAUGAACAUGCUCACACCAUAUGAGAACUUGGUAAUGGCAAGGAGGUUUGACAAGACUGCAGUGGAUGUAACCAAUUUUUUCAGUGCUUACUGUGCUGCUUCGAUAGCAAAUGUAGGAUUGCGUUUCUUAGCGAGGAACCAAAAGUGUGCCUUAUUGACUGCUCUAGUCGCAACCUUGAAGGCUGAAGUUGCUAAAUUGCAUAGGCAACUCAAGCAAUCAAAUCGACAUAUAGAAGCACUAGAAAAGAAAAAUCGAGACUAUGCUAAACUGGUGGAGGUCUUACAAACUCGUGUAUCAAGAAGAAACAUAUAA